CGCCAACGCGUUUGGUCACCAAGGCUCUAGCUCUCUCUUUCUCUCGUUCUCUGCUCCCUUUGCCAUCUUUUUCUCAUUCACACUUAAACUCUCGCUCUCGCUCUCGCUCUAUCUCCGUCCCCACCGUGCCCCUUGGCGUGCCCGCCACAUGCGGAAAAGUGUGAAAAAGUUUUGGUAGCGAGCGGCUCUUAUGUAUACAUCACAAAUUCUAAAUCGAACAUCAAAACUAGACAAAUUUGGCCUCUUUGAUUUGGGAUUUGUGUAGCAGCAGCAGAACGGAAACCACAGCGGCUGCAGCAUCAUGUUCUUGGCCGUCAAUCAGAGUCUACACAAUGCCAGCAAGAAAAAGAAGAAGCGACGCUCCAUAGAGCAGGAUGAGGAUGAGAGCAGCGCCACGGGCAGCACUGAGGUGAAGCCGCGGCGUCUGGAGUCUGCGGCGUCCAGUGACCAGCUGGUGGCUGGCGACACAACAUCGACGGCGGCUGCCGGUGCUGGCGGGGGCAACAAGGCGGUUACCUCGCUGGUGCUCGUCUACAUCUACUUGGGCGCCCUCACCCUGAUCCUGGCCAGUCUCGCCAUUGUCUUUUACACGCACACACAGCAGGAGGCAGGCGAUGCCUUCGCGUCUUCGCCCACGCCCAGCUCCUCGAGGCUCUUUCGCGCACAGUUCCAGGCGGAGUUGCAGCGAUCCGAGGAUGUCCUCAGGGCAAUGCUCAGCCAGAUUAUUGCAGCGGAUCGCGAAGCAGACAGGGAAACAACCACCGCCAGCACCACGCGAAAGAUCAGCAGCAGCAGCAGCAGCAGCGGAGAGUUGAAGAACGAGCGCAAGUUCACGGACAACCUGAUUGGCCAUCGGACAGAGGAGAGGCGAAUGCGCAUUCGACGGGACAUUGCCUCGUCGCCCGCCUCGAUGCAUGCUGAUCCACUGAUUGAGUUCUUCAAUCCAAACCACCGCAUGGCGCUCGAGGAGCAGGACACGGAGAUUCGCAAGCGAACGGGGCAGAAGGGCGCCGCUCCGGGCGGCGACGAGUGGAUCUAUCUGAACACCUACUGCCGCGUGCCGGAGAAGAUAAUCACAGGCUUCUGCAAGGGCACACAGGACUACUGUCCGCCGGCGCCGGUGGGUCCGCCGGGUGAGACUGGACCCAAGGGACCCACUGGGAAUCCUGGUUUGCCCGGCAUACCCGGACCCAAGGGCAAUCGCGGCGAUGUCGGUCUGCCGGGCGCACCUGGCGUCGAUGGUGUCGGCCAUGUGGGGCCGGCGGGUCCACGUGGCAUCAAGGGCGAUGCGGGCGCCGUCGGACGGUCGGGCCUGGAUGGGCGUGACGGUGUGCCGGGGGAACCCGGACUGGAUGGGGUGCCGGGACGAGCUGGUGCCGAUGGCAAGAACGGGCUGCCGGGGCGUGACGGCAAGGACGGGCUGCACGGCAAGGAUGGCAAGGAUGGGCUGUCCAUAACCGGGCCAAAAGGCGCCCAAGGACCACCCGGCGAACGAGGACUCAAGGGCAUUGCUGGUCCGCGCGGACGUCCUGGCAAGCCGGGCACCAACGGCACGCCCGGUGUGCCCGGCAUCAAUGCCUGGAAGAUGCAGUUCCCCAAUGGCAGCUCCUCGAACGAUCUGCUGAUACCGCCCUCGAUCACAGAUCUACACGCACCGGACUUCCAGCGCACGGUGAUUGUCGAGGAAGGUCGAUCCCUGAAUCUCAGCUGCACGGCCACCGGCAGUCCCCAGCCGCAGGUGGAGUGGCGCCGCGAGGACGGACGCACCAUCAACGUCAAUGGAAUGGAGAUGGCCUCCAUCAGCGGACAGUUUCUGAAGUUCACCAACAUCACGAGGCAUCAGAUGGCGGCCUACACGUGCUACGCCAACAAUGGGAUUGCGCCCGUUGCCAAUGCAACCUUCAUAGUGGAAGUACACUUUGCUCCCAUGAUCUCGGUGUAUCGACAAAUGAUCUACGCCGAAUAUCAGAGCAGCGCCACGCUCGAGUGCCUCGUGGAGGCAUUCCCCGAGGCCAUACGCUACUGGGAGCGUGCCUAUGAUGGCAAGAUACUGGAUCCCAGCGAGAAGUACAGCAUUGAAUCAUAUCCAGAUGGCUUCAAAACUUCCAUGCGUCUGACCCUUAAUAACCUGCGCAAGGACGACUUUGGCUACUAUCAUUGUGUGGCACGCAACGAGCUGAAUGCCACCAUGGUCAACUUUGAGUUAGCACCACAAGAUCCAAACAGCGAGACGCCGUAUGUGGGCAACAGCAUCAAGGUGUAUGGCCAGCGGCCGCCAGAGAGUGAGUGCCCCGUCUGUGAUCAGUGUCCGGAUCCGAGCCUGUACCAGUGCAAGGAUUCCAUACUGAACAACUUUGAGAUACAGCCAACGGGAAAUCUCAGCUAUCCGGGACUGCCCAAGCGACCCAAGACCUGCUACUUGUAUGCCGUCGGCAAGCCCGUCUUCCACAAGGUUGUCAAUGAGAAGUUUGGCUCGUGGCUGCGCGAUCCAGCGCCCGAGAGUGAUCGCGAGAAGACGUACGUGACGAACGAGAAUGAUCCGUACAAUUUGUUUGAGUUCACCACGCGGAUACAGUAUCGCAUGAACAGUGUGCCCAGGCGCAAGUACGAGAUACCCGAGGGUUUCCAUGGCAAUGCUCAUGUGGUGUUCAAUGGCUCGUUUUACUAUCAUCAGAGAAACUCCGAUCUGGUGGUUAAGUUGGAUCUGACAAGCCUCAAGAAAAUCACCACACAAUUACCCUACGCGGGAGUGGCUGCCUCCAAUCGACUCUACGCCACGGACUUCAACUUCAUGGACUUCAAUGUGGACGAGGUGGGCCUCUGGGUUGUCUACAGCACCUACAACUCCAACAACACGCUGGUGGCAAAGCUGGACGCAGAGACACUGAAGAUGCAGUACAAUUUCAACAUCACACUGGACCACCAUCAGUUUGGGGAGAUGUUUAUUGUGUGCGGCAAUCUGUAUGCCAUCGAUUCGGCCACAGACAAGAACACACAGAUCCGAUAUGUGGUGGAUCUGUACAAGGGAAAGCUGCUCAAUACGAAUCUGCCCUUCUCGAAUCCCUUCAGUCACACGACCACCGUCGGCUACAACCCCCUGACAGUUGAACUCUACUCGUGGGACAAGGGCAAUGCACUCACAUAUCCCAUACGCUACAACGAGCAGCGCCUCAUAUCCGACAACAGUUAGGAUCUGCCCCGCACACAGCUCAAAAUCUAAUCUAAUGUAUGUAGAUACUAAGCCACACACACACACACACACACACACA